GACUCUUGAAAGCGGAGCUCGGUUAUUUCACCAGAAAUCGCGACGUAUUGUCUUCUAAAUUAUUAGGUUGUAAUUGUUGAAAUGAGACGAGUCCCAAUAUUUUGCAAACAUUUUUUGAUGUUGCUUUUCGAUGACUAGUAAAAUAAUCGAGCCUUAUUUUUUUAGUGUCGUAUCAGCAUUUGGACGAUUGCCUGUUUGAAAUUUGAACGCUUGAAAGAUUUGACAGUUCGAUGCUAGAUCGGAUUCAGAAUGUCAGACAGGAGCAAGUAUGUGAUGAAUCACAAACUCGUCCCGGCUAAAGCCUGGGUUGAGAUGCCGCAAUGUGCGAGACGAACGGCUGUGCGUGUGACUGCGUCCACUCCGCAAUGGCAUACUUGCGCGUGCGACCCGAGAUGACCGUAUCCCCGUAUGUUGCAGGAGGCUUUCUGGCCGCUCCGAUCUACGACCUGCAGCAGGUCGGCGACGUGUUCACAGGUCCGGGCGCGAAGUGCUCGACGCUGCCGGCCAUCCUGGGCGGCUCGCUGCCGCGGCUGUCGUCGGAGCAGGCGGAGGCGGUGGCGCGCGCCAAGAAGUACGCCAUGGAGCAGAGCAUCAAGAUGGUGCUGAUGAAGCAGACGCUGGCGCACCAGCAGCAGCAGAUGGCCUCGCAGCGCACGCAGGUGCAGCGCCAGCAGGCGCUCGCGCUCAUGUGCCGGGUGUACGUGGGGUCGAUAUCGUUCGAGCUGAAGGAGGACACGAUCCGCCAGGCGUUCCUGCCGUUCGGGCCGAUCAAGUCCAUCAACAUGUCGUGGGACCCGGUGACGCAGAAGCACAAGGGCUUCGCCUUCGUGGAGUACGAGAUCCCCGAGGCCGCGCAGCUCAGCCUGGAGCAGAUGAACGGCGUCAUGCUGGGCGGCAGGAACAUAAAGGUGGUGGGGCGGCCGUCCAACAUGCCGCAGGCGCAGGCCGUCAUCGACGAGAUCCAGGAGGAGGCCAAGCAGUACAACCGCAUCUACGUCGCCUCCAUCCACCCCGAGCUCACCGAGGACGACAUCAAGAACGUGUUCGAGGCGUUCGGGCCCAUCACGUACUGCAAGCUGGCGUACGGCGCGUCGGCGCACAAGCACAAGGGCUACGGCUUCAUCGAGUACGCCACGCUGCCCGCCGCGCUCGAGGCCAUCGCCUCCAUGAACCUGUUCGACCUCGGCGGCCAGUACCUGCGCGUCGGCCGCGCCAUCACGCCGCCCAACGCGCUGGCCGGCCCGCCGCAGGCCUCCGCCAUGCCCACCGCCGCCGCCGUCGCCGCCGCCGCCGCCACCGCCAAGAUACAGGCGAUGGACGCGGUGGCGAGCAACGCCGUGGCGCUGGGGCUGACGAAGCUGAACGCGCUGGGCGUGUCGCCGGCCGCCGCGCUGCCCUCGCUGGCCGCCGCGCUGCCCGUGGCGCUGCCCGCGCUGCCCACGCUGCCCACGCUGCCCGCCGCGCUGCCCACGCUGCCCACGCUGCCCACGCUGCCGAGCAUAGCGGGCGGUCUCCCGGCGACGAUCCCGGGCGCGCUGCCGCUGCCGGGCGCGCUGCCCGCCGCGCUCCCGCCGCCCGCCGUCAUCCCGCCGCCCGGCGUCGUCAUCCCGCCGCCGCCCGUCUCGCAGCGCCUGGGCGGUUCCGAUCCGGGCGCGGCGGCGCUGGGCGGCGGCGGCGGCGCGGGCGCGGAGGGCACGCAGCAGGCGGCGCUGCAGCGCAAGCUGCUGGACGCGUCGCCCGACACGCUGCAGCAGCAGGAGUCGCUGUCCAUCUCCGGCCAGUCGGCGCGCCACCUCGUCAUGCAGCGCCUCAUGCGGCGCCGCGCCUCGCGCACGCUGCUGCUCUGCAACAUGGUCUCCGCCGACGAGGUCGACACCGCGCUGCACCACGAGAUACAGGAGGAGUGCUCGAAGUGGGGCCGCGUGGAGCGGCUGGUGAUCUACAACGAGCGCCAGAGCGAGGACGACGACCCCGCGCACGCCAACGUCAAGAUCUUCGUGCAGUUCGCCGACCCCGACGAGGCGCGCGCGGCGGCGGGCGCGCUGCACGGGCGCUACUUCGGCGGCCGCACCGUGCGCGCCGCGCUCUACGACCAGGACCUCUUCGACCACGGCGACCUCUCCGGCUAGCAUCCGCACUCCUUAAUAGAU